AUGCGUACUUUCCCCUGGUUCCGCGUCCCCUCCCCAUCUAACUCCCUGUCCGUCACGUUGGCCCCGCCCUCCGCGACUCGACGUGCUGCGUCAUGGCGCGCCUCACCCCGGGCGACCCCGGAACCCGCGCAGCAGCGCGCCGCCUCCGGGGGGCGUAGCAAGGUACCUCUAAAACAGGGCAGAAGUCUUAUGGAUUGGAUUAGACUGACCAAAAGUGGAAAGGACUUAACAGGAUUAAAAGGCAGGUUAAUUGAAGUAACUGAAGAAGAACUUAAAAAACACAACAAAAAAGAUGAUUGUUGGAUAUGCAUAAGAGGGUUUGUUUACAAUGUUAGCCCAUAUAUGGAGUAUCAUCCUGGUGGAGAAGAUGAAUUAAUGAAAGCAGCAGGCUCAGAUGGAACAGACCUUUUUGAUCAGGUUCAUCGUUGGGUCAAUUACGAAUCCAUGCUGAAAGAAUGCCUGGUCGGCAGGAUGGCGGUGAAACCUGCUGUUCCCAAAGACUAUCAUGAGGAAAAGAAAGUCUUAAAUGAGCUAAGUCAUGCAAUUCAAGAAGAUUUUUCUGUGCGGGUUGUUGCAAAUGUGGGAAAGAUAGAGAUUGUCCUAAAGAAAAAAGAGAAUACUUCUUGGGAAUGUCUUGGUCAUCCCCUGGAGAAUCAUAAUUCACUUAUUCCAAAGAAAGAUACAGGUUUGUACUACAGAAAGUGCCAGUUAAUUUCCAAGGAAGAUGCCACUCAUGACACGAAGCUUUUCUACUUGAUGCUGCCACCAAGCACUCACCUUCAGGUGCCAAUUGGGCAACAUGUUUACCUCAAGCUAACUAUUGCAGGUACUGAAAUAGUGAAGCCAUAUACACCUGUAUCUGCUUCCUUACUCUCAGAGUUUAAGGAACCAGUUAUUCCCAAUAAUAAAUACAUCUACUUUCUGAUCAAAAUCUAUCCUGCUGGACUCUUUACACCAGAGCUUGAUCAUCUUCAGAUUGGAGAUUUUGUUUCCGUAAGCAAUCCUGAAGGCAAUUUUAAAAUAUCCCAGUGCCAAGAAUUGGAAGAUCUCUUUUUAUUGGCAGCUGGAACAGGCUUCACACCAAUGGUUAAAAUACUGAAUUAUGCUUUGACCAAUAUAUCCAGUCUCAGGAAGAUGAAGCUGAUGUUCUUCAAUAAAACAGAGGAUGAUAUAAUUUGGAGAAGCCAAUUGGAGAAAUUAGCGUUUAAAGAUAAAAGAUUUGAUGUUGAAUUUGUUCUCUCAAAACCUACUUCUGAAUGGAAUGGGAAAAAGGGACACAUUUCAUUAGAUCUUCUUUCUGAAUUUUUGAAAAGAAGCUUAGACAAAUCCAAAGUUCUCAUCUGCAUUUGUGGACCAAUGCCAUUUACAGAACAAGGAAUGAGGAUGCUGCAUGAUCUUAACUUUUCCAAAGAUGAGAUCCAUGGUUUUACUGCAUAAUGAAGAGCUGUUGUCUUUUAUUCAACUGUUUUAUCUAAAUUUGUGAUGGCUUAGGGUUUUUUUAAGACAACAUUUUUGUAUAUACUAAGAGGUUAACCGGACUCCAGGCUUGUUUCUUAAAUGAAAUCAAAUGUUCCGUCACUAUGGAAAACCUGUUGACUUUAUUUUAUACCAUAACUUAUUUUACUACUGAUAUUUGACCUGGAAAGUCAAUCAUGACAACAAACACAUACAGGUUGUUUGUUAUGAGUCACAAGGUUUCUUACCGUUUAAAUUGUCUCACUGUUCUACGAUGAGCUCUUGUGUUUUAUGACAUGAUAAAGUAAAUGAUCAUUUGGAUCAUGUUUCUAUGCUGUAAAAUGUCUUAGCAAUACAGACUAAAUUUUACAUUGCACUGUUAACUCAGGAAAUGAUCAUUUAUGUUAUUGUUAUUAUUAAAACAUGGAAUGAUAUACCUUAUUAAGUGAUCUAAGCAAUUUGUGUGUGUGUGUGUGUGUGUGUGUGGCAUUGAUACAAAGUAGAAUAAAAAUAUACUUAAGUACUUUUUAA